UCCAAAAAUCGCAAUAAUAUUUAGACAAUAUUAAGACAGCAAUCAUGAACACCAAAGAUUUUGUAGUUCUUCCGUGGGGAAAACCUGGAAAUUCCGUAAAGCUAAAAUAUAAAAAUGCUCGAGAACUGAAGAUGGAGAAAGUACAGUUAGAGUUGGAGAACCAAGAGAUGGAAAAGAAACUACGGGAAUUCCAAUCAACAAGGAACAAAGAAAAAGAAGAAAGAGAGUCAAGUGGAUGUCACUGGAAAUCUGGGCAAGUGGGCAAAUUGGGUAAUCAAUCACACACGAUGUCACAAAUUAAAGGAAAUGUUUUUAAGCUUUCUGCUGGAAAAGUGAAAUUAAAAUUACUGAAGGAGCAGCUUCAAGGGCCAGUGAAACAAUCACUUAAUUGUAAAAUGACAAAUUCUCCUGAAAGUGAGAAACCCAAGAUAAAAGGGAAGGUUUGCGGACAGUGUGAGAACAAAGCUGCUCUGCUAGUAUGCCUUGAAUGUGGAGAAGAUUAUUGUUCAGGAUGCUUUGCUAAAAUUCACAAGAAGGGGGCACUGAAGUUCCACAGAACAACUCUUUUGCAGGCAAAAUCUCAAAUAUUAUCCAAUGUGUUGGAUGUUGCCCAUCGGUUUAUAAAGGAAGUUAAUCCAGGUGAACUCAAGGGGGAGAAUCAUUCAAGAGAAGAGGUUAGUAAAAGUCAGCAUAAACCCAAAUCUCUUCUGCAGGGGAGCAGCUCUGAGGCAGAAGUUUCAACAACAAAAAUAGCAGAAUGUACAGAUCCGGGAGAUAGCCCCUUGUGUGAAGAAUCAUUCUAUGAAGAAGCUUCUGCCCAGUCCUUUCAGGAAGUUUUAAAUCAGUGGAGAACUGGACAUCAUGAUGGCAAUGAGAAACAGAACUUACGUGCAGCAAAAACAGACUCAUUGGAAGAAUGUGAAGUACAAACUAAUCUGAAAAUUUGGAGAGAACCACUGAAGAUUGAAUUUAAAGAAGACAGUUUAUCCUAUAUGGAAAAAUUAUGGCUUAAAAAAUACAGGAGAACUCCACAGGAGCAACUUCAAAGCAUGCUACUGGAUACAUUCACACCUCAAUGUAAAACCCCUAGUGAGGCACAGUGUUCUCAGAAUGAAAAUGAUGAAGAUAGUGAUGUUGAGGAGACCAAAAUACAACACCCGGCUCUUUUUCUGCCAAUAGAAGAAUUAAAGAUAGAGAGACCUGAAUCAUCUCUAAAAAUAGUCGAACUAGAUGAUACUUAUGAAGAGGAAGUUAAAGAUCCAGGAAACUUCGUGCCUUACAACGUUGAGUUAGCUGAUGCAGACAGUCAGCAAAGUUGCACAUUUCACGAUUAUCAGAAUAGUUUUCUGUAUGAAAAUGACAUCCGUCAACCUCAUGUUUUCACCAAGGGAAAAACAGACCUCUUACAUCUUCAUCUGAGCAAUAGCUCUUUGUAUGGUAAAGAUAACUCAAAAGCAGGAACUUCAAAUACAGAUUUUGACGUCAUUGUGGAUCCUUAUGUUAAUUCUCCUGCCGUUGAAAAAUUAGGAGAAAGCAGCUUUUUGGGAAGAAAUUUCAGAGAGCAAAGUACAGAUGUAGAAAGUAAUGAAAAGUCUGAUGAUUCCUGCAUAUCACUUGGGAGCAAGAAUUCUUUGCCAAAUGUAGAUUUAGAAAAACCUUCCAUUAAGGAGAAAUUAUCUCAAGACGUCAAAGAAUCCUCGGAAUUUAGCAAUCUGCAUGAGAGGCCAAACUUUGAAGAUUCUAAAACUACAGAGCCACCACUGUUGUUACAAGAAAUAGCCCUCAGAAGUAAGCCUAUAACUGAACAAUAUCAAGGACUUGAAAGAUUCCUUGUUUUUGAUAAAAAUGAAAGACUCAACUUACUUCCUUCUCAUAGCUUAGAAUGCAGCUGUUCCAGUACUAGGAUUUCAAUUGCAGGGGACAGAGAAUGGAUCCCAGACCAUAGCAUAAGUACGUAUGCUGAGGACAGAGUUGCCCUGGGUGUUCUGCAGAAAGCCCAGAACCCGUCAUCAAGUAGAACUCAGCAGAAGACAGGCCAGACAUCACAGAGACCUUCAACAGCAAAUUUACCACUUUCCAACUCUGUAAAAAGAAGCUCCAGCUGUCUUUCCUCCUCUCCUCCUCGAUCAAGAAGUGCAGCUGCUCCAUCAUUAUCUAGAGCUGCUUCUGAAAUUUCAGAAAUUGAAUAUAUUGAUGUUACUGACCACAAUGAGCCUUUCUUAGACACCACUGCUGAUCAAGAAACCUUAGACAGUUUGGAAAAAGAAUUAAAUGUGCUGAGAAAUCUUGCAGAUCCUUCAGAAAAACUUUACAACCUAACCACAGAAGAGUUACCAGCCUUCAACAAUCAUUCACUGAAUAUAAGUCAGACUACCCUGGAUUUCCUUAAGACCUCACGUGCAAGGAGCCCCUGUGGAGCUGAGGAACCGAGCUCUUCUGAAAAAGAUACCGAAAUUGAGUCUUUGCUGACACUUUCUGAGAGCAGCACAGAUGAGGAGCAAGAGGAUUUUCUUGACAAGCAACAGGUCAUCACACUGCCGUGGUCCAAGAGCCCCUAAUGAUCAUUUGCUCAUUACUGCUUCCAUUGUAUACCCAGAGUAAAGCAAACAACCGAAAAAAGUAACCAAGUGAUUACCUGUCCAGGAGAUUUUGAUUAUUAAUGUCUCUGAUAUUUCAAGGUUUGCAGACUAAUAAAAGUUACUGAAAUUAUAAGUUUAAGGGCUUUUUCUUCCAAAUGAUAUAUUGUAUGUCAAACACUAAUCUAUAUUGCAGAUUAUAUUAGUAAAAUUUGGUGAAUUUUAAAAAAUAACAGUUAUAACUGUGUCUAUAGAGUGUACCAUAGGAUAGAACAUGAUUAUAUUUAAAGUAAUAUUUAGUUGUUAAAUUAUAUUUUGAAUAAUUAUGUCAUCAAUAAGAGUGUAC